GGCACAGCAGCUUUGCGCCUGCGAAAUGAAAGAGCAGGUGGAGGAGGAAACAUGCGCAGUAGCAGCCUGAGCAGCAGCAUCAGGACCACAAAGAUCUCCAGGAUCCUGCGAUGCCAGAAGAUGGUGCAUGUAAACACAGCCUGGGAGAGGACUGUGAGCUUUUAUCCGAUGUAUAAUCCCGCAGUUUGAAGACAAAACGACUGAAGGAGGGGACGUUUUAACCCAGCGCAGUGAUAAAGCAAUCAGCAGAGAUGCGAAGGAAACAACAACACUUGAUGAAAUCCAUUUUGCCUCAUGACGACGCGUUAAAGGCUCUGCUGCGCAACAACACUGCUCUCAUGUCAGCCCUUAUGACAGGCUUUCUUGUGUAAUGGUCGCUGGUUUCUAGUGGGAUGCACAUCAGUGUUUGCCCGUACUCGCUCUCCGUCGUAAUGGCAGCUCUGUACCAGGGCACGGACACUUCCUCUCCGGAUAAAUUUCUGGCCUUGAAAGACGUGAGAGAGGUGAAGGAGGAAACUACGCUGGAUGAGAAGCUCUUCCUGUUGGCAUGCGAGAAAGGCGACUACUACAUGGUGAAGAAGCUGCUGGAGGAGAACCGGCACGGCGAGCUCAACCUGAACUGCGUGGACGUCCUGGGCCGAGAUGUCGUCACCAUCACCAUCGAGAACGAGAAUCUAGACAUCCUGCAGCUCCUCCUGGAACAUGGCUGCCAGGCGACAGAUGCCCUGCUGGUGGCCAUAGACUCUGAGGUGGUGGGAGCUGUGGACAUCCUCCUCAACCACAGGCCCAGGAGAUCCUCCAAGCCCUCCAUUGCUAAACUGAUGCAGCGGAUUCAGAACCCAGAGUACUCCACCACCAUGGACGUGGCUCCGGUCAUCCUGGCGGCCCACAGGAACAACUACGAGAUCCUGACCAUGCUGCUGAAACAGGACAUCUCUCUUCCCCGGCCACAUGCUGUCGGCUGCGAGUGCACGCUCUGCAACGCUAAGAACAAAAAGGACAGCUUACGACACUCCAGGUUUCGGCUGGACAUCUACCGCUGCCUGGCCAGCCCCUCUCUGAUCAUGCUGACUGAAGAAGACCCCAUUCUCAGGGCCUUUGAGCUGAGUGCAGACCUCCGGGAGCUCAGCCUGGUUGAAGUGGAGUUUAGGAAUGAUUAUGAGGAACUGGCGAAGCAAUGUAAGAUGUUCGCCAAGGAUCUGCUGGCCCAGGCUCGAAAUUCUCGAGAGCUGGAAGUUAUUCUCAACCACACGUCCAACGAGGAUCAGGUCGACAAGAGAGGCUUACUGGAGGAGAGAAUGAACCUCAGUCGACUCAAGCUCGCCAUCAAGUACAACCAGAAAGAGUUUGUGGCUCAGUCCAACUGUCAGCAGUUCCUCAACACCGUCUGGUUUGGAGAGACGGCGAGUUACCGGCGCAAACACACGUGUCUGAAGAUGGCCACGGUGCUCAGCGUGGCCAUGCUGUGGCCUCUGCUCUCCGUCUGCUACCUUCUGGUGCCGCGCUCUCGCGUCGGCCAGAUCAUCCACACGCCCUUCGUCAAGUUCAUCAUCCACAGCGCCUCGUACUUCUCCUUCCUGCUGCUGCUCAACCUCUACUCGCUGGUCUACAACGAGGGCAAGAAGAACACCAUGGGCCCUGCGCUGGAGAUGAUAGACUUCCUGCUCAUCCUCUGGAUCAUAGGGAUGGUGUGGUCUGAUGUGAAGCGGUUGUGGUACCAAGGGCUGGAAGACUUUCUGGAAGAGUCUAGAAACCAGCUGAGCUUCGUGAUGAACUCCCUUUACCUCGCCACCUUUGCCCUGAAGAUAGUCGCUCAUAGCAAGUUCAAGAACGUGGAGGACACGGAGAGGAAGAACUGGGACGCCUUCCAUCCCAUCCUAGUCGCAGAGGGUCUGUUCGCCUUCGCCAACAUCCUCAGUUACCUGCGCCUCUUCUUCAUGUACACCACCAGCUCCAUCCUGGGGCCGCUACAGAUCUCCAUGGGUCAGAUGCUGCAGGAGUUCGGGAAGUUUCUGGGCCUCUUCUUGUUGGUGUUAUUCGCCUUCACCAUCGGACUCACCCAGCUGUAUGGAAAGGACCAGAAAGACCCAGACAAGCAUCCACCAAAGGACUGCGAGGGCAUUUUCUGCCAGCAACAGAGCAACGAUGCAUUUCACACGUUCAUGGGGACCUGCUACGCCCUGUUCUGGUACAUCUUCUCCCUGGCUCACGUGGCGCUCUUCGUCACACGGAUCAGCUACACUGAGGAACUGCGCUCUUUCGUGGGCGCCAUGAUCAUCGGCACCUACAACAUCGUGGUGGUUAUCGUGCUGACCAAGCUGAUGGUGGCCAUGCUCCACAAGAGCUUCAGACAAAUUGCUAAUCACGAGGAUAAGGAGUGGAAGUUUGCUCGGGCCAAACUGUGGCUAAGCUACUUCGAUGAUAAGUGCACCAUGCCUCCCCCGUUCAACAUCCUCCCCUCCCCAAAAACUGUCGUGUACCUGGUGACCAGCAUGAGUAAGUGGAUCUGCUCACACACGUCAAAGGGAAAGGUGAAAAGACAGAACAGCCUCAAGGAGUGGAAGAACCUGAAGCAGAAGCAUGAUGAGAACUACCAGAAGAUCAUGUGCUGUCUGGUUCACCGCUACCUGACCUCCACACGGCAGAAGAUGCAGAGCACAGACCAGGCCACGGUGGAAAACCUCAACGACCUGCGCCAAGACCUGUCCAAGUUUCGCAACGAGAUGAGGGACCUGCUGGGCUUCCGGACCUCCAAAUACGCCAUGUUUUACCCCAGGAGCUAAAGAAAAAGACUCGAUGUAUAUCUCCCCCUUUCCCCCCUUUCCCUUUCGACAAAACCUCUGCUUCUCGUCUAUCUGAGAUGCUGUGUGACCCGAGCAUGUGCAAAAAAAAACUCUGCUCUUUUGAGUCACAGAGGCGACUUUUAAACCUGGACCUUAACUAGAAAUAUAUAUAUAUUCUCCACCAAAGCCUCCAGACUCAGGCCCCAUAUGUAUUAUUCAGCUAUUCAACCUUUUUGUAAAUAAGGGAAGCCAUUGUUUUAAACAGGAUGACGCUUGAAUGGCGUAAAGAGGUGAUUUUGAUGAAUACAAAUGCUGCUUUUCAGAUUUGUUUCUGUCCUUUGAAACUGAUCUUUUUGCAACUCAGAGAAAGCCAGAAAAAUGUCGUCUGUUCAGCAUGUGAGUCACAUUACACCUGAUCCAUUUUCAGUUAGAGCAUUAGCUGACUCACACACUGUUUGUUUUGCUGCUGAACGUUUUUGUACAAAGACAGAUGGACAAAGGGAACGUGUUUAAGGGAGUUUUAUUUGGGAAGAUGAAAACAAUAAAAUAUAAAUAAUA